AUGUCGGGUGAAUCCAGUAGUGGUCAUCUAGUGGCAUGUGUUGAAAAUGGGACCCGGAUUGGUUUUAAGAUUGACGGUGUUCAAUUUACCGCCAAGUUCACAGCAUCUGCCGCAGACCCAGAUAUGACCGGCGGAUUGGACAAUGAGUUUGGCGAUGUACACUAUAACACCAGUAAUAGUAGGUACUGGGUGAGGUCUGAGGCUGGUUGGAGGGUGCAAACUCCCAAUGUUGCCUUUGUCCACCCAGGAAGUGGCCGCCGUAAGCUGACCUGGGAUCGGAACAACAAACGGUGGCGGGAUCACUAUCAGAAUUCAGGCAGGAUAUCUGAACAUCCUGAAGGAAUUGUGUCAAGGACAGUAGCUAAAUCUGAGAAUACAGGAGAGAAAAAGAAAAGGGUUUCGAAAAGGAAAAGGGUAUCUGGGGAUGAGUCGGGUAAAGAGGAUAAUGCUAUAACUAGGCUAGACAAGGGCAAGGGGCGACAAAUCGAACCAAUGCAACACCCAGAGACUGCUCCUGGUAUCAACCAGAAUGAUCUAUGGUUUGAGGUUCAUAGAUACUGGUCAAGUCAGCACUGCAGACAUCCUGUGGUGGAAGAAGUCGCCAUAGAGAUUUUAGAUCUUGUAAAAGAGCUUCCUUUAGUACGGCCGAAUGAAUCCAGGAUAGUAAAAAUUGCACCUAGCUAUGAGUUGGGGGAAUUCCAUGAAAGCUAUCUUUUCCAAGAUAUCAUAGCUUUGGCAGCGGCUGAAAUAUCAGUGGCAAAUCUAGGCAAGGCUGACAAAGUCUCAAUCAGUCACGUUUUAGCUAACUUUGCUGGAAAGGACAAGCUAACCAAAGAUGACGCUUACUACUCAAUAGUGGAACUUGAGCCAAAGGCCCUAUCUGGUGGCUUUAGAGACUUGGAGUUCGAAUGGGCGGACCACUCUUCAUCAGGGAUCAUUUUUGACCCCCGUAUUCCACCGGUAAUCACUUUCACUCAAAACGGUGCAUUCACGCUUCCUCAUACGGAUGGUAUGGGAUCUUCAAUGAGAAUCGGCCACCUUUCAGGUGCCAAACUCUGGAUUCUGUGGCCUCCUACAGAGAAGAACUUGGCGAUUAACUUCUCGCAAUGGUUUGAACCAGGAGUAUACAAGGGGGGUGAGUUGGGAUGGUUUCUUCAGAGACUAGAGAAUCCCGAGCUCGUACUAUUCGAUGGGAAUAUCACUGUUGACCUACCCCCAUGCACCAUUCAUGCAUGUCUCUCACUCACUCAGAGCUCACACGUUGGUCAAUAUUUUUGCCGCUCGGACGGGUUUGACACAGCAAGAUUAGUUAAUCAUCUAUUUUCUGAGAAGUGGGGUGGCCUGAUGGAUCAUUGGAAAGGUCAACAACGUGAAUGGAGGAGGCUGGAGGGGGAGAUCGGGGAGGGUCUUGAGGGUGAGGCGUCCAGGAGGCAGCUCAAGGAUGCCAUGGCUUACCAUGAGAAGUGGAACAGUCAAUCAGUAGCAGAGUUCAAAAUAUGGAGGGAUGUAAUUCUUGAAAAAGAUGGGAAUAGCUGGAAGAGGAUUGCUCAAUUAGAGCAAGAUUCAACUAACAAGAAGGAGAUGAUUGAGUGGAUUAGGGACCUUUACAGAGCUUGUAAACGUGUGAAGAGACCUGAUUUUAUUGAAUAG